AUGAUUCCCGUACGCCUCAUGGCCAUCAUUCUCGCACCCAUUCGACCGAUUCUCAGCCCCGUGCUGUGGCACGUAGUCAACGCCUUCCUGCUUGCUGUUUUCAGUGCGGUCUUGGUCUACUCGGCUGUCCACUAUGUCAAGCACUCUAUCUUUGGUCUCGCGGCCAGCAGUUCGACCGCCAUCUCGGCAGCAGCCCUCCUUCCGCUCCGCAUCGUGGCCACCCCGACAUGUCUUGUUGCCAACUUCCUCUGUCCGCACUCGCUCCUAUCAGGAAACAACGAGACCGCUCAACCUUUCUGGAGGGUGAUGGCCCCAGAACGGGAACUCGACGUCGCUGCCGUCUCGCACGUACUGAGCAAGGGGGUGCGAAACGCACAGGAUAUAUUUGAGAGUCUCCAGUCUCUUGGCGACGGGCGUUUGACCCAGGGUCUGAAUCACGUUCGAGUCCACGAGUUGGGUAUUGCCAUCCAAUUUGGCUCGACCCUCGACGACAGGCUCUUCCUAAGCGAAGGUCUGGUUGAGCUCGCCGACCUGGCAUCUAAAAUCACAGACGAGGUCGCCUUAAUCAAUGCGAUGAGCGUGUCCAUCUUCUCGUGGCUCUUCUGGGACUUGGUUCGGCUCCUCGCCCCUGGUGAAGAUGGCAAACCCCACUCAUCCAAGAAGAUUAGUGCGCGUCUCGACUCGUUGAUUGCCCGUCUCGACAGCGACCUCGAUCGGCUGUCCGUACGGGUCGGGGGCGCCAUCCCCGUCGCAGAACGUGGCAGUGAACAGGGCUGGAAGCUCCACACGCACCUCUCUGAAGUCGAGAGUGAUCUCCAAACCGAAAAGGCCAAGUUCCCCACUUGGCAACGAGCACUGGACGCAUCCCGCCACUUUUUCGUCGGCGGUGACCCAUCCAAACUCGCCCGCAUCUCGAACGACCUCUCCCUCACGCGGGACACCAUCUCGGAAAUCGGACGCACGCGAGACGGCCUGCUCCGUGUCCGCAUGGAGCUCAUUGUAUUCCGUGAUCAAGUCCGCCACUUUUCGGGCUCCAUCAUGGGUCUGCAUCUCGGCGCUAGUGAAGCCGCGGGGCUUGGGCCUGCCGAGGAGAUUGGCAUCCUCAACAACGUGGUCAAUGAGCUUGGAGCUGCUGUUGGCCGGGCAAAGCGGCUUCCAGGUGGACCUCGGCACAAAGCCACUCUUCGCCUCCUUUCCAUCGUCUUGGUGCCAUUCUUGGCCGGCAACCCCCAUCCCACCAUGCCAUUCCUUGGUACGGUCCCGGUGUUGAAGGGUCUCUUCGUCGGUCUUAUCGCUACCAUUCUCUCCAUACUUGUCCUCAAAGGAGGUUUUGAACCCACCAUCCGUUCGCCCAGGGCGACCUCGGCAUUAACCCACUCCGCUACCAUCCUUCUCGAUGACCAAAUCGGCUCGGCCGCCAUUAUUCGCGGAAUGUCAAAGGUGGCAGCAUCUCUCACGCCCAUUGCUGAGACCUUGGAGCUUGUUGAUGAGGGGGCCAGCCUCGGCCUGGACGAUUAUCGGUGCGUGAACUGGACGUCUUCUAUCCCAAGAUUUGCUAACGAGAGUCAGUCUCGAAAUGUUCGCCGACAACAUCGAGGCUACGUCCUUACCCCACAUCUGGAAGAUCAUUGCCCAAAGGCUUAG